AUGGAUCCCGCCCUGCCUCAACCGGUCGACUUUGCGACCAGCCCAGUAGAUCCUGCUUGGCAACUUGCUUUUACUGAUGCCACGGUAUGUUACGCUCAGGAGCUGUUUGCUUCCCGAAUGGCCAUCCCGGGCGCGCCCGGACCUCGCGCCAGUGAAGUUCUUGAGCUGGAUUUUCGGCUCGAGAUACAGCACCUGGUCAAUCUUUACGUGAGGGCCCACCGGAAUAAAUACACUUUGCCCUGGAGUUGUGAAGCAUAUAAUGCGUAUGUGGGGGGUCAAGACGGAACCAAAACAGCGUUCGAGGACGCGCUUAGCGUGCACUUCCCGCCUCUCGAAAGCGUUGUCGAAGGAGAGACCGGUGGAGUUAUAGAGACGCGCCCUUCCCUCAUUGUUGACAAGUAUGGAGUCAUCGUUCUUGCCUUCCUACCAGGCGUCAUAGGGCAUAGCAUCCAGGCGGAUGCAUUUCAUAGUACGCACCUACUUAACCCGACGUUCGAAUUGAACGGUCCCGACUCCAGCCCGACAUGGCGGCUGGCAGGACAGACAUACCGUCGGGACGUCGACAGUCUCUAUCUGAGCCCCGGCCUGGCGACGUUGGGUUUUUUGCACAGUACUGGACACAAGACGCCCGGGAAGAAAAUCCACGUCGGGAGGGAUCUCGGGAGCUCGGGAACCAAUCUGACAAGGUCUCAGCAGGACGCGCGCAGAUGGCUUACGCGCAACACCAAGACGGCAGCCUUGAUGUCAGCGUUUUCCGCGCUGGUCAGUCCCGAGCAAUACGCGUUGGCGCGCGAGGGACUUGUCCGGCUUGCUCGGCGCAGUGACACUCUUCGGGAGGCUCUGGAGAGCUGGCCCUUCGCAUUUACAUCGCUUGCGGCAGUAUCGAACCGAUCCACGGGUGUACACCGCGACCGGAAAAGCGGCGGCAACAACUUCUAUGACGUCAUGACGACCAUAGGAGGGGAUCCCGACGUCGUCCAGAUAAAGUUCAGAGGGAUCGGCUUCUCGGCCAGGUAUACGUCGGGAUCUAUGGUCGCGGCCAGCUGCCACACCCAUCUUCACUCGGUGGCCGCUUCUCCAAAUGUUGAACGCCUAGCGUUGGCGGCCUACAUGAAACCGACUGUUCUGCUUGAGAUGGGUCUUGACAUGCCCCGGCUACCUACUAUUCCCCUUGUAAAAGAUCUCCUUAUCCGGCAGAUACUUGCACACCGGCGUAUUUAG